AUGUGGAUUUUUUUUGCAGGAGUUUUGGCUUUAAAGGAUGUCUCCAUAGACAUCCCUACAGCGGCUAAAACCGGCGAUACGAUAACUUUGAGAUGUUUCUUUGACCUCGAGGGUGAGCUAUUGUACACCUUGAAAUGGUACAAAGGCACCAAGGAGUUCUAUCGGUACUUGCCCAAGGAGUUGCCCGAUACCAGGACUUUCUCCUUACCGGGAGUUAACAUAGAUAUGACAAAGAGCAAUCACACCCACUUGAUUCUGACUAACGUUCAACCGGAAACCACCGGAAAAUACAAAUGCGAAGUAUCUACAGAAGCCCCGAAUUUCUACACUUUGAUGGUGUACAAAUACCUCUACGUCAUAGGUGAGUUAAUCCCUAUAUAA